AUGCCUAUAUUCUUUCAAUAUAUCCAAUCGGAAACCAUUUUCCGACGGGAAUUCAUCUAUUUACAGAAUCACUCUUUUUCAUUCUCUCAUUCCUUUCUCAUCGCAAGUCUGUUCUACCUGUUUAAUCCCCCGCUCUCCUCUCUAUCUCUCUCUACCUCCUCUUCCUCUCCUCUCUAUCUCUCUCUACCUCCUCUUCCUCUCCUCUCUAUCUCUCUCUACCUCCUCUUCCUCUCCUCUCUAUCUCUCUCUACCUCCUCUUCCUCUCCUCUCUAUCUCUCUACCUCCUCUUCCUCUCUCUAUCUCUCUCUACCUCCUCUUACUCUCCUCUCUAUCUCUCUCUACCUCCUCUUCCUCUCCUCUCUAUCUCUCUCUACCUCCUCUUCCUCUCCUGUCUAUCUUUCUGUCAUUGGAUUACAUCUAUGUUAUCAUGUCCCUCCCACACUCUUUUCAUAUCAAUAUCACUCUCUUUCACACUCUCAUUUGAGUAGAUGUACUUUUACGCCCCCGAUCAAUUCUCUUAUAUCACUUUCUCAUUCCUCCCCUCUCUCCUCUCCCUCUCUCCUCUCCCUCUCUCUGUAUCUCUCUCUUAUUUACCUCUUAAUCAGCAUAUAUUUUACUCUUUUUCCAAUUCAUCCUGUACCCCUCUCUCUCUCUCUCUGUCUCUCUCUCUCUAUUUCUUCUCCUUCUCUUUUACAUUCUGAUCUACUUCAAUAUAGCAUGUCUUUCCCCCACGUAAUUCUCUUUCUCUUUUUGUCUCAUUUUCUCUUUCUCUUUACCUCUCUGUUUCUGUCUCUCACCCUCUCUUUCAAUUACGUGACCGAAUAUUCUGUGGAUACACGAGAGUAA